CGAAGAAAAACCGCCAUCAUAGUUAGUUGAUUGUCGAUUGAUUGUUGUUUGUUUUACUCCAGUGGCAAAUAUUCUAUUUCAUACACGAGGACGAGUAAAAAUUAUAAUAAAUACAAUAGGAUAUUUCGGUUGUUCAAACAUUACAAACAAAAAGACGCUUUGACUUAUACGAAUUUAGAAUGACAAGACAAGGACAUAAUAAACAAGUGUCGUUUAUAUAUGGAGUUUAUUCUGUGAAGAAAGUUUUGCGGUAUUUUUAUAUAAAAAUAGCAAGAACACGAAGAACAUUCAUUAAGUUAAUAUAUUUGAUCGUUUUCAUGUCUGCGUUUGUUUACCUAAAUUACCGAUACAAUCUUCCUGUCUUUCAUGUUUUUCGAAAUCCGAAUGUUAAUAAACCAUGCACGCUUCCAGUGUAUGAUAUAUACGACCAUUCAGUGGACCAGUUUUUCUGGGAUCAACAGGUCUUGCCAUGCGAAGGUUGGUUAGAUUUGUUGUAUGUUGAUUCCAAAGGAUAUAUUACAAUGAACAAAACUGCCGUAAGUGUUUCUGGUUAUUCUGAUAUAAAAUGUGAAUAUCGAUAUAUACAACGUGUUUCGGAGUCAAAAAUUGAAUUCUCGUCUAAAAUGGAUUAUGUUCAACCUUCCUAUUUAGAUGGUGACUUUGUUCAUGCAGAAUGUUACGAUUCGAAUAGAAAACUACUAUAUAAUAACUUGCAUAUAAAUGUUGACAGUAAAAAUGUUUUUAAAAAUCGUAAACUGGCAGAAGAAACUAAAUCGAAUUUAAGUGUAUAUAUCAUUGGUAUUGAUUCUCUAUCAAGACUUAUAGCAGAACGAAAAAUUCCCAAAACACUAAACUUUCUACGAAAUAAUUUGAGUGCAUAUAUGUUUAAAGGGUAUACGCGCGUCGGUGAUGGUUCGUAUCCAAAUUUAUUGCCAUUGUUUACUGGAUUAAAAGCAUAUGGUGAGGAACAUAAAGUGGGUAUAAACAACAUACAGUAUAUGUUUAACAAUUAUUCCAAGCAAGGUUGUAUAGAUAUGUACGCAGAGGACUGGGUACAGGUUGCCACUUUUGUCGACAUCUUUAGAAAACAACCAUCUCAUCAUUACAUUCAGCCUCUGUUUCAGGCAAUUGAUAAAGUUAAAUCUAACAGUUUGGCUGUAGAAUAUACACUUAAGUUUUUACAACAUCAUAAUAUUCCCCUCGGUAAAACGUCUCCUUUGUGUUUUGGUAAUGUUUAUAAGUAUCAGUUGAUAUUGCAAUAUUUUAAGCGCUUUUUAGAUAACUAUGAAUUGAAGAGAAAAUUUGCAUUUGCUUGGACCAAUGAAAUCGGUCAUGACUUUCUGAACAUGGUAGGCUUGGCUGAUAAUGAUUACCUAGAAUUUUUCAAAUGGAUGAAAGAAUCAAAGAAACUUGAAAAUGCCAUCAUGAUAUUUAUGAGCGAUCAUGGACCUCGAUAUAGUGAAAUUCAAAACACAGAAGUCGGUCGCAUUUCUAAUUUACUACCUCUUUUUACGAUUGUUUUACCAGAUCACAUUAAAUCAAGAUUUAAUCAUAUUCACAAGAAUUUGAAACUAAAUACAGAGAGAAUGACCACUGCUUUUGACGUUUAUGAAACUCUUAAAGAUAUACUGCAUGGAGAUUUUCAGAAGAAAGAUAGUUUAUUGAAUGUCCAAAAGUUACCUCGAGGAAUAAGCUUGUUCCGUGAAAUUCCGUCGUCUAGAAGUUGCUUAGAUGCUGAUAUUUCGGAACAUUACUGUCCUUGUUAUACGACAAAAAAUGUUUCCGUAAACGAUGAACGUGUAGUAGAUUCUGUUAACGCUGUUGUAGAUAAAAUUAAUGAUAUUUUAGAAGCAGUUAAAACAAAAUGUGCCAAAGUAGUAACGCAAUCUAUUCGCAGUGCGAGAUCAGUUUUUUCCGACAUGGUGCGUGAUACGCAGAAAGAGCGAUCCUUUUCUGUUCGCAGUUACCUUUGGAAUAUUUCCGAACAAACUCGAUUUCGCAUAACUUUUUGGACAAACCCAGGUAAUGCUUUAUAUGAAGCAACAGUGCAAUACAACGAUAAAACCAAUAUCAAAAUUCUAGGUGAUAUCAAUCGUAUUAAUAAGUAUGGAAACCAAUCAGCUUGUCUAAGAAUAGGCCAGGUGCGCGAUAGAGUUCGAGAACUUUAUUGUUAUUGCCUUUAAUAUUCUAAAAAUGCGCCAGAUAUUAUCCGUGAUGGAUGGCUUGACAGAAAAUUAAUUAUCCUGGAUGGACAUCUUGAAAGACUUCAAUGGAGGAACAUAUGUUUAAACAUAUAAAGGAAAACGAUUCUAAAGAAUGUCAAUAUAAUAGAGCUAUAGGGAUGUUCGCGUCGCAUACUCAAACUAAAAUUGGUAUUACAUUUUAAUAAUUUUCAUUUGACACUGAACAAAGCAUCAACAUCAUAGAAAAUGAAUAUGUAUGUUCAUAUUAGUUCAUCCAGAUAUAUUCAAAAACAUGUAAAAACUGCAAUAUUGUAACAAAACUGUUAUCAACAACAACGGGUAGACAAUGAAUAAUUUUUUUGAUAUUAAGGAUAUUCUUGUAAAUUGUUGAAAACUAUUUUCAGCUUGUUAUUUAUAGACCUUGUUAUAUUCAAACACCGUUACCUUUAAACUACUUUCCGAUUUUGGCUGUGUGAUAUUUUUAAAAAGUGAGAAUCAAAUAUCCUCGAAAUAUAGACAGUGAUAGUCAAGGAAAUAAAUUUUCAGAAAAUGCUCUGGA